AUAUCACAGUCAAGAUGAAGCACAGAAGAAAAUGUGUUCACACACACACACACAAAAUGUCUUGGAAAAUUACAUUUUAAUCAUUCGGUAGCAAUCUUAUAUAAUUUUUUUUUCCAUAUCUCACAUUUACAUAAGCCUUUUGUUCAAUGUUAAUUGCUUGCCUCAAUUAACCCUGAAUAAUGAUUGGCUGUGAAUGUGCAUAAAGUCGCAUUAAGAGCGUGAUGCUCAGACACGCUUUAUGCCAAGCGGCAGAGUGUGGAUCCCACAGGCACCCUGAAGUGGACGAUACAGGGAUUAGAAGGGCGCAGGGAACAGCAAAGACGCCAACACAGUUACCUCUAGUGCACUCGUCUGCUCCCUUUUACUCAAUUACAGCCACAAUUACUGAAUAAAGAACACUGAGCUCAUAAAAAUGCAUAGAAAGCAAACAGAACUCUACCUUAACGGGAAGAACUGGACCGAGAUAAGUUUGUUUUUUAAUUCACUCAUCUAAAAAAUCUAUACGGUAUCUUGCUCUUGUAACGCUCCUUCUCUUUCUCUCACACGCUCUCGUACCGAAGCCCACCUCUCAGUUGCCCUCCCCCAAAGAGUGUCAUCAUGACACGUAGCUUUGAAAUACUCUUGACAGGCACAGAAUUGCUCAUACUGGUGCUAAGCAUUGAAGAAUCCAGACUGUUGACAAGGAAAUGUGUCAUUUUAUUGCUUUGCUCAUCUCACGUUAACAAAUGGAGGGAUGGCAGCUGGACAUCCUUGCACUGGUGUGACUGAGGCACAGAGAGGGAGUGAAAUCACCAACCUUGCCAGGGGAAAGAUGGAAAGGAUUACUAUAAACGGGACAUCUUGAUCUUUUUCGCCACCUGAGGUGGUCUGCAUCAGAUUUCAGUGAGGUGACCCGCAGAUCAACUGUUUCACAUUCAGCAUCACUCUCUCAAUGCACUUGAAAAACGCUGGAUGUGUGUUCGCUUCAUCGAGACCACAGGAAGCGCACACAGUCCUAUUCAACUCUCCGAUGAUGAGUGGCUCACCUAUCCCUCGAGUAGAGGCAGCAUCAGGUGUGGAUGCCUGGAAUGUUCACAGGAGCUUCAAUGACAGCGGUACUAUCGGUGAUGGUUGGAGCAUUAGUGGCAGCGGUCCCUGGCUUCUCGCAGUCAUGCUGUCCAUCAUAAUUCUGGUGACAGCUUGUGGGAACAUUUUGUUGAUUGCCUUGGUGUUUGCACAUCGGUCGCUGCGCUGCACCUCCAAUUGCUUCCUAGUGUCCCUCUUCCUGUCAGACUUGAUGGUGGCUUUGGUCGUGAUGCCCCCUGCUAUGCUCAAUGUGCUGUGUGGGACCUGGGUGCUGGCGCCUGGAUUCUGCCCCGUCUGGCUUUGCUUCGACGUGAUGUGCUGUAGUGCCUCCAUUCUCAACUUGUGUGUCAUCAGUCUGGACCGCUACCUCUUCAUCAUCUCUCCGCUGCGAUACAAACAGCACAUGACCCCGCCUCGUGCCUUGCUUCUGGUGGGUGGGGCUUGGGGGUUGGCAGCCCUCACUUCCUUUCUGCCAAUCAAGAUGGACUGGCACAGCCUGGGUCGCAUGCAAGACCUUUCCGAGAAUGAUCCCGCCAACACCACAGUCUCGCAAUUGAGUUUCUUCUACCCCUCUUCGUACUUCCAGCUUACCACGUCAGGGACGCCGUCCAUGCAGUGCCGCCUGCGAGUGACUCUCCCCUUUGCCCUCGUUGCGACCUUUCUCACCUUCUUCUUGCCUUCUACAGCCAUUUGUUUUACCUACUGCCGGAUCCUGUUGGCGGCCAGAAGACAGGCACGACAGGUGGAGGCUCUUACUCAUCCUCCUUACCCACCUCCUUCUCCCAGUCAUGCCAUCCAGGAUGGAGAUGACUACAGCCAUCAGGAGCCACCCGUGUUGCGGCAAGCUCUGUUGUCGGUGAACAGUGAGCGCAGACUCGCACACAGGCAAAGAAAGAGAGCUCUGAAAGCCAGUCUUACCCUGGGAGUGCUCCUGGGUCUCUUCUUCAGUGCCUGGCUUCCCUUUUUUAUCACCAACAUGGCACAGGCGGUGUGUGAGUGUGUACCAUCUUCCUUCUUCGAUGCCAUCACCUGGCUGGGCUACUGUAACAGCACCAUGAACCCAAUUAUAUACCCAAUGUUCAUGAGGGAUUUCAAGAGGGCUUUGGCACGGCUUCUACCCUGCUGUUCUUCAUCUCAAGCCCCUCGUAGGCCAUCGCUGCCACUUUCCCUUUCUCUACGCAACUCAGGGGAGCCACAACUACCCACUGAACCCCCCUCCCUUGUGUCUGAACCGCCACAACUACCGGCGACGGCAACAGAUGCUGUUAACCUUCUCGAUGUGGAACACGCUGGGAUUGACCUGCCUCUGCUGCUGCCCAACCAGGUCGAUACAUUAGACGAUUGAUACGCCAACUGAGACAACAAAAGAAGUGCAAUAUACUGUGGACAGCAAGAUAUGUGACUUAUAACUAUAGGUUUAUGAAAAAAAUGUUGAAACAUACAAUGCUAAAAAAAAAAAAAAAUCAAUGGGAUAAGUGUUAAUGGGAUAGUCAUGCCUAAACUGGAAGGCUGCAUCGCUCCUCAAGGCAGAUCAUAGAGAUUGUACAUUUUGAACAGACUCAACAAGCAUCCCAGUUCAUUCAUUACCAUAACAACCAAAACAACAGAUGGAUAAAGCAGACGAGAGUGAAAGAAAUCUCACUAAUACUUCACACAAUGUCAAGUGGGUUGUCUGUGGAGCUGUAAUUCACAUCUUAAUUAAACAACAACCCACUUCUAAUGAAGGGGGCAAAUGGUGUAUACAGAAUACUGACAGUUUUCACAUAGCAGUUUAUCACAAAUUAUAUUUAGCAGUGCUUAAAGAAAAAUCUAAAUUAAUUAGAGAUGAUACCCACAAAUAACUUAUAGAUAUUAUUAGACAAUUCCAGAAUGUCAAAAAGCCAAUAUUCCAGUUGGUUCUAGCUUAUACUGAUAACUUACACUCUGGGUGGUGUCUAGAUGGUAACGCUUCUUCUGCUAAAAGUCUUGUGAGGAUUCACAUGUGAUAUUAAAACACUGUGUUUAUUUGAGUCCCACAGCAACCCUACACCUAACCCUUAAUCUUGGUAGCAGCAAAUGCGAAUCUCAGGAGUUUCUUGGAACGAGGUUUACCAUCUAGACCCAACCCACAUUUUAUGAGUUGUGAAUCAAGGAAAUGUCAAGGCUCUUGGCUCAGAACCAGCAGGUUUGCCACUGACUAACUGCUCCUGUGCUUCAGUGUGCGACUGGUAGGU